AUGGGAGAACCACAAUCUGCUCUACUUUUGCGAAAACAACUAGCUGGUAGGUAAAGCAAUAUUUUUUUUAUUGUGUUUAGAUCUGUGUAGGUCGCCUGUUGAUGGGUUCUCCGCUGGCCUGGUCGACGACGACAACAUCUAUAAAUGGGAAGUCAUGAUUAUAGGACCGCCAGAUACGUUAUAGUAAGUUUAUGUUAUUCUAUUGUAGGUAGUGUUGGAUGUAUAAAAUAUUACUGAUAACAUGUUUCAUUGGGCUUCUUUCGUACUGUAUUUACAUUUUCGAAGCUUAUUUUUUUGUUUACUUACUUUAAAUUUUUAAUUUCAGUGAAGGAGGAUUUUUCAAAGCACAUCUAGAGUUUCCAAAAGAUUACCCAGUACGACCACCUAAAAUGAAGUUCAUCUCCGAGAUCUUCCAUCCAAACAGUAUGUUUAAUUGCAUUAUUUUCUUGAGUUUAGGAAGUCACUGUGUCUUUGCCGUAAUAAUUUAUAUUGUUUUCAGUUGAUACGAAAGGUGGAGUGUGUAUCUCAAUUUUACAUGAGCCAGGAGAUGACCAUUAUGGCUACGAGAAGGCCGAGGAACGUUGGCUACCAGUCCACACGGUCGAAACCAUCUUGUUGUCUGUCAUUUCAAUGCUUGCCGACCCCAACUUCGAAUCUCCAGCUAACGUUGAUGCUGCCGUAAGUCAAUUUGAUAAUAUUACUGUGUUUUCUGGCUUUAGAAGGGUUAAUGUUUACCAUAUUAAGCUGCGAAUGAUUUUAAAAGUAACUUUUGACGUCCUUUUUUUAAAAAUAUUGAAAUUCAACGAUUUUUUAGAAGCUACAACGCGAAAACUACCCCGAAUUCAAAAAACGUGUAGCCGCUUGUGUCCGGAAAAGCCAAGAGGCUCUAUGA